AGAAAAUAAGCAAAUGGCAAUAGAAUACAAACGUCAAAUCUGGUAGAAAAAAUCACUUUGUCGCUUCACAUAUUUUCGAUAGAAAUAAAUAAAAUUACAAAUUGAAUAUUUAAUAUAUAACCUAGCAUUUAAAUUACGUGCUACUAAAACAGAAAACUGCCUGAUAUCAGAUACUGAUAAGUUAGCGAGUACUGACGGAAGUGUGCGGGGACCCGUGUUUACAAAUUGUUCGCGUUGACUUCGCCAAAAUCGUCGAAACACUUCAAAACGCCAGUAGCUCCAAGCGUGAGCGUUCAAAAACAUUUACCAUAACCACUCUCGAAACACGAGUCGCGUUGCUGAUCGCUUUUGUGAUUUCUUCUGAUGAACACGACUGAGUGAAGGCAGCGGUACGCCUAGAUAAAAUACACAAGACCCGAAGAAAAGAGUCAUCACCUGAGAGCUUGAAACGUGUUAGCGGUCGCCCCAUAAAAUCAGUCGUCGUCGCCACUUCGCUCGCGUUAAACGUGCCACUUUCAUUUGCAAUCCCAGCAAUUUGAUAACUGCUCUCCAUACAUAAAUUAUAGUACGCACGCGUCUAACGGAAGUAAACGCCAUUAAAUAAUCUUUAAAAUUUUCUUAUACUUCAAAAUAUUUGUACAAUAUGGCCGAUAAAACCAGCGUUUGCAUUGUGGGCUCAGGAAACUGGGGUUCGGCAAUAGCUAAGAUUGUGGGUGCUAAUUGCGCGAAUCUUCCGCAAUUCGAACCGUGUGUGAAUAUGUAUGUGUAUGAGGAACAAAUAGAUGGGAAAAAAUUAACGGAAAUCAUAAAUACUACCCAUGAAAAUGUUAAAUAUUUGCCAGGACACAAGCUACCUCCAAAUGUGGUCGCUGUACCGGAUCUCAUUGAAGCGUGCAAAAACGCUGAUAUUCUCAUUUUCGUUGUGCCACAUCAGUUCAUCCCGAACUUCUGCAAAACGCUUUUGGGUAAAAUUAAGCCCAAUGCUAUAGCUAUUUCGCUGAUUAAGGGCUUUGACAAGGCCGAAGGCGGUGGCAUCGAUCUUAUUUCCCACAUCAUUACCCGCCAUUUGAAGAUUCCCUGCUCUGUGCUUAUGGGUGCCAAUUUGGCUAAUGAAGUGGCGCAGGGUAACUUCUGCGAAACUACAAUUGGUUGCCGGGAUAUUAAGUACUCUAAACUACUGCGUGAUCUCUUCCAAGCUGAUUUCUUCCGAGUUGUUGUGGUGGAAGACGCUGAUGCCGUUGAAGUUUGUGGUGCGCUCAAGAACAUUGUUGCCACCGGUGCUGGUUUCAUCGAUGGUCUAGGUUUAGGUGACAACACUAAGGCAGCCGUCAUUCGAUUGGGUCUGAUGGAAAUGGUACGAUUUGUUGAUGUUUUCUACCCAGGCAGCAAGCUAUCAACAUUCUUCGAGAGCUGUGGUGUUGCUGAUCUGAUUACCACUUGCUAUGGUGGUCGUAACCGUCGCGUUGCAGAGGCUUUUGUGAAAACCGGAAAAACUAUCGAACAACUCGAAAACGAAAUGUUGAAUGGACAGAAAUUGCAAGGUCCCCCCACCGCCGAAGAAGUGAAUUACAUGCUGAAGAACAAGGGCUUGGAAGAAAAAUUCCCACUGUUCACGGCCAUUCAUAAGAUCUGCACAAGUCAGUUGAAAGUUCAAGAUUUUAUUGAUUGCAUACGUAAUCACCUCUGAGCAUAUGUAAGUUGAUGUGUUCUUUAGUGCACUUUUUCCUCUUACAAUGAGCUUCCUAAAGCAGUAAUUCCACUAAAGCAAUAUUCCUUAUGAAUCAAAAUUUUCCCUUUGAAAUUUGUUUCCUCCUUAAUGUUUCCAUUAAAAGUUGUUCUUAUUUUGUAACCUGA